GGCAGGCGUAGCAUUACUUGCCAUUACUUGCCAUUACUUUGACUACUUAUCGAUACUUCGUCUGAUCAAAUCAUCUGAAAAAUGGGCAUCAAAGACAUGUUUUUGUAUCUAUACUGCCAACAUCGGCCAUCUAAGGGUUCGAAGCAGUUGGUCAAGGCUUUUGCCCCAUCCGUGGCCUAUUUCGGAUUUGCCAGUCUACUCACGCUAGUCUACUAUACCGAAUGGAAGGCAAUCACCGAGUGGAUACCCAUCUAUAAUACCAAAUACCCAAAACCCGAGGCAGAGGCAACCAAGAAGUAAACUCAAACUCAAUAUGUCUGAGAAUCAAAGACUAAAGGGGAAGAACAGCUGCGAACCAUAACCAAAUCACGAUUCCAUUCCCAACAUUUUCCACACUAUUUGCACAAAUCAUAAAUAUGUAUACAUAAUAUAAUCAACUAAACUCAGGUUUAGUUCUAACUCCAUUAAUAAUAAACAGCAAUAACUAUUUAAA